CCAAGAGUGCCUAAAGCCGGCAAGACAUGGAGCAUGACAAGAAGAAGGUGAGCAUGGGGAAAGAGAUGGGAGAGAACUCAAGCAGCUGUUCAGUGAAUCAAGAGAAAGGAAAAAGAUUGCCUAUGCCUCCUCCUCCUCCUCCUCCACCUCCUCCUACCAUUGCUCAGCACCCUCUUGAUCCUAAGAAGCUGAGAAGGUUCUCAUGCAUGCCUGCAUGCAUACAUAUGCUGCUGAACAACAGGGAAUCAAGCUUGCGUUCGCGUAUGAAGACGGAGCAGAGGUUGAAGGAUGCGGAGCAAGGUGUUCAAUCUUAUACGGAUCAAGUGAAUACUAUGCCAAUAGGGAUUGAGAAUGCUAAAAAUCAGAUUGAAUUACUAAGAAAAGAAAACCAUGAUCUUAAGACUAAGAUCUUCACUUUCAAUAGCAACCGUGGGUCCAAGAUAGUGGAAGAGGUCAUGAUUAAGAAAAAUAUAGAAGAAGUGAACCAGCUGUUGCACUCCAAAGAUCUAAAUGACUAGAUAUGUUCUUGCAGCAGGAGCAGCAGCAAUUCGAUCAGCAGAAAUCAAAAUCAUGAAUAUUUUCCAAAGAAAAUUAGACUGCAAAUAUAAUAUAUGCUAGGGCUAGCUUAAAUGAGAUGUACUGAAUAUCUCUCUGUAUAUAUAUAUAUAUAUAUAUGCCCUGAGAUCUCAGACAGAAGCUUUUCUUUUCAAUAAUUCAAACAAUCUUUUAUUAUUAAUUAUAUGUGAAUGUACUUUUAAUUUGCUUAGAACUUCCUUGUUGUUUA